AAAUUUCCAAAAGUGUCCACAAUUUUGUCCACCACUGUAUAUUAAAGAACCUUGACCGUAACUAUUCAAUACCCUGUUGGCGCUAAAUUCGUGACGGAAAUACAUAAUGAAGCUUGUUAAACGAGGCAUCACAAGGAAGUGUGAGAGUGCAGCACAUGCUGAGCAAAAAGACAGAGCCACCACAGCAAAAAAAGAGGUCUGCCCGAACCAGUCCACCAGAAGCAGAAAACCAGAGAAUGAGCACUCAGCACCAACUGCAAGCUCAUCUCCUCCUCCCCAACACGGCAACGAAAAAAAAAGGGUGAGGUUGUACAAAAGAGUAAGCUUCUACAGAUCUCCUGCUCCAUCUCUUUGCGUACCCGAACAUCACACACUUACCAGGGUAAUGGCCGAGUCCCAGGGCCCAGUGACCAAUGUACAAGUAAGACGUCAGGGCCCUAGGACCAGGAUGUCAUUUCAGGCAGAAGAAACUUCUGUCCAAGAAGAUACUUUGUAUGCGGAGCAAAAAGAGAGAGCAACCAGAGCAAAAAAAGAGGUCCACCCGAACCAGUCCACCAGAAGCAGAAAACCAAAGAAUGAGCACUCAGCAUCAAGCGCGAGCUCAUCUCCUCCUCCUCCCCUCCUC